AUGGACAAGGGAUCGAGCUCCCGUGCUGCGUCCAUGGAGGUUGAGGGAAUGCGGGUGCAGCAAGUUGAGGACGGAGAGGAGGAGGUACAGGCGUCGGGGAAGGAGGAGGAAGCGUUGUCGGCAAAGGAGCUCGACCUCCUCGGCGCGCUCGGUUCGGAACCGCCAGAGGUAAAGGCCAUGGAGGCAGUGGCGCCGGGAAAAGGUAAGGAGAAGGCAAUGGUGGCGGAGGAGGAGAAGGCGCUGGCGACGGGGACGGCAAUGGCGUCUGGUGGUGUGGAGAAGAAGCGCUCGUUCAAGUGCAACUACUGCCAGCGUAAGUUCUACACCUCGCAGGCGCUGGGUGGCCACCAGAACGGGCACAAGCGCGAGCGCUCGCUCGCCAAGCGCGGCGCCGCCACGGCCGCUGCCGCAGCAGCUGAGGCGGGGCGCGGGCUGUACGGAGGUGCGGACCCCUUCCUGCCGCCGCACCACCUUCGCUUCCAACAUGUCUGGCCGUACUCCGUUGGCGGCAGCUGGCCGUCGUCGUUCCUUGGGUUCGGACGGGGCUCUGUCGCGGCGUCGUUCUACGGCAUGCACCACGGGUGGGCCGCGCAUGCGCAGACAUACCGAUCUAUGGCGGGGCUCACCCGCCACACCAGCGUCGACCGCCCAUUCUACACGCCUCACGGCUACGGCUACGGCUCCUCGUCGAGGGCCCCUGCCCCAGGCGUCCUCGACUCUGGGAUGGCUGGGCUCCAGUGGUCCGGCGCCGUCGACAGUGACGCUGCCGCCAGCGGCGACCCUGGCGUCACACAUGAAGUGACGACGCAACAGGAGGAUGCACAAAGUUGCAAGAUAGACCUGAAUCUCAGGCUCUAG